CGGGAAUAUUUUGAAAGUAACCGGGUGUGUUCUGCUUUCCGUUUGUGUUUGUGUGUCAAACUCACUAAACGUCGCAGCAGCACUGUUAAACUGACUAAACCUGACGGUUAGUCCACUAAACCUGAAGCAGUCCUCCAUGGAGACAGAAGCGAGGGAAGUCCCGUCAGCCGCAGCGAGGGAAGCCGGGUUUGAGAUGACGGACGUCGUGGUUGAUUGUGAGUCCUACGUUAACGUAGAGCUCGACAUGGAGAAGACCGGCGGGGUUUCUGAAGAGGGACAGAACGGGGCCGGGAUCAGUCAAGCUCUGUUUCAGAAUGAAGAGGACGAUGAAGAUGAGAGUGAUGAUGAUGAUGACGACGACAGCGGCACAGACCAUUUUAACGCCGAAAAGUCCGGGACACAGCUUCAAAGAUGUGAACGCCACGGACGAGAGGAUUCCAGUCUUCCUGACACCUUCCAGACCGGCCACUUGCUUUUCUACGAGAGGUUCAAGGCCUACCAAGACUACAUGCUCGGAGACUGUAAGCCAUCCGAGGUAAAGGCCUUCACAGCAGACUACCUGGAGAAGGUGGUGGAGCCGUGUGAUUGGUUGGCUCUGUGGUCUACUCAUAUCUUUGAUGUCCUGGUGGAGGUGUGUGAUCUGGACUUGAAGGAUCUGAAGGCGUGUGUGAGGCUGGUGCUGCCGCUGCAGUGUGACACCAGAGGCUGUGAACUCAACGAGGACGCCAUGAAGUCUCUGCUGGAGGCCACUCAUCAAAGAGUCCCUCUGCAGGAGCUCCACGUGGUCUACGAGCAGUCUGGGGACUUUGAUCAGACCGCCCUCGCUCUCGAGCACCUCAGGUUUUUCUAUACACACAUCUGGAGGCAGUGGGAUGAGGAAGAUGAAGAUGAUGACUUUGACUACUUUGUUCGUUGUGUGGAGCCUCGUCUCAGGUUCUACUACGACAUCUUGGAAGACCGAGUUCCCGCGGGUCUGGUGGCAGAGUACCAGUCCUUACUGGAAAGCUGCUCCCAGUGCUUCCAGCAGUUCUCUCUGCUGCGCAGCGGCCUCAGCACCGACUCGGACUCCGAGCUGGACAACGUGUCCAUGGUGGAGGGCCUGAAGCUCUACGACCAGCUGGAGACAUUAAAACGCAAGCUGCACAUCAUUGAGAACCCCCUUUUGAGGUAUGUGCUGGGUUACAGAGGUAACGCCAGGCAGCAGUGCGCGCAGAGCCGCGGGCUCAGAGCAUCGGGUCUGAAGGUGGUCCAUGUGGUCACAGCGUCCUGCAACCCUAUCCAGCUCCAGUCCCUCCUCAGCGACAGACUGCUGCCUCUGUGUUCCUCCGAGGACACGGAGAUUCAGUUCUAUAGAGACCCAGUGUCCGCGGUGGAAUCUUGCCAUCAGGGUGACGUGGUCAUUGUUCUCCCAGGGAUCUACAGUGUCAGCAACUCCAUCUUCCUACCAGACUCCGUCACCAUAGAAGGCUUCGGGCUUCCUGAUGAGGUGGUGAUUGAGAAGAAAAACAAAGGCGACUCAUUUGUGGAGUCCACAGGAGCUGAUGUCAAACUGUCCAACAUCAAGUUCAUCCAACACGAUGCUAUCGAGGGUAUUCUGUGUGUGCGUCACGGGACUCUGAACAUGGAGAACUGCGUGCUGCAGUGCGAGACCACGGGAGUGAUCGUCCGAACAUCAGCCCAUCUCACCAUGAACAUGUGUGACCUGUACGGCUCCAAGGGGGCUGGUGUGGAGAUUUACCCCGGCAGUGUUUGCAGUCUAGUCAGUAACGGUAUCCAUCACUGUAAGGACGGGAUCCUCAUCAAGGACUUUGCUGAUGAGCUCGACGUGAUGCCUUCAAUCACCAUGGAGAACAAUGUGAUCCACAACAAUGAAGGCUACGGUGUGAUUCUAGUGAAACCCAACAACGGGGAACAACAUGAAGAGGGCCCUGCUGGACCGACGGCUGAAGACAAACAGCAGGGAGGUGUUACCGACCCCCUCCUCAUCUCCACAACAUCAACUACAAACCCGAGCAGCAGCAGCAGUUCAGCAGACGUUCAGCCCGAGUUGGCAGAGAACAACGGCGUGGACGGCGACGCGGCCUCCGCCUCAGGCAGGAAGUGGCAGUUCAGUCGUCAACUGAGCAGAAACAAGGAGACUUCCUGCAGCCGAGCCGUCCAGGAUCUGAUGGACCACCAGAUCUUCGUCUCCAUUCAGGGAAACCAGUUCAGACGCAACGGCAUGGGCGACUUCGGCACCUUUUUCUACUGACACAACGUCGAUACGCGGCUUUUUAACAUCCUUCCACAGAGUUCAUGUUUUAGAUGAUUUCUUUUUUGUUUUGUCAUGAAAUAAAUAUUGCUGAUUCACAGCAGAGACGAUGAGGAUGUUCCUGUGAUCAGUUAGAAGUUCCCUGUUUGUGUUUCUAUAAGCACAAACGGGGAACUUCGCUCGGUGAAUCGCUCCCCAUGUUUGAACUUGCACAAAUGCUUUUAUCUUAUUUAUUCCUUUGGACUGCUGGCGCAAAAUGUUUUUAAUAUUUUUAAUGCAUUAUGUUUGAUAUCCACUCGUCACUUUGAAUGCAGUUUUGGUGGUUUCACUUCUAAUAAUCUAAUAAAUGUUGUUACCUGUAAGGUGGGGGCUUGUUGAAAGCAGUGCACUGUUGAUGAUACUAAGUUUUCCAUUGUUCACGAAUUUAAUGUUUUUUUGUGAUAAUGAAUGUCCUGCAGAUUAAAAACCUCUACAUCUUG